AUGGCAGAUUUCCCACCGCUGGUACAGACAAUAGCUUUGGUGUGCGCUAUUUGGAGCACAUUCAUCUAUAUUGUACAGUCCAUCGGCAUCUUCAGGAUCUUCUUUUCAUACUCCUACCGACCGAAGCCUGCCACCUCUUCUUCCCUAAAGAAAGACGAUGUCCCGCAUAUCACGAUCAUACGUCCCGUCAAGGGUCUCGAGCAUGGCCUCUACGAAUGCAUCGCCUCAACGUUCCAGCAGGACUACCCGACCGACAAGAUGACCAUCUACCUUUGCGUUGCCGAGAAGAGCGAUCCUGCAUACCCUGUGCUGAAGCAGUUGGUACAAGAUUUCCCCGCAUUCGAUGCGCGCGUGUUGGUCGAAGAGGAAGAUCCUCUAUUGCACGGUCAGCGAGGCCACGUCGACAAUCUGGGGCCGAACCCGAAGAUCCGGAAUAUUAGCCGUGCGUACCGUGAGGCCAAGGGCGACAUUAUCUGGGUCAUGGACUGCAAUGUGUGGAUCAGCAAGGGAGUCGCAGGCCGUAUGGUGGACAAACUCUUGGGUUACGGCCCCGGCGGCAAACAGGUGAAGCCGUACAAAUUCGUCCACAUGCUCCCGGUUGUGGUCGAUACGGUCUCUCCUAGUGACUCUCCCUCACGCGAGACGCAGACACUUCUCGCCUCAGGACCCGACCCCGACUCGUCUCAAGGACACAGUGGCUCUUUGAUGGACUACGUACGAACUCAGGGUGGAGGACGGCUCGACGAAAUGUUCAUGGCAUCUUCGCAUGCUAAAUUCUACGGCGCGAUCAACACGGUUGGCGUUGCGCCCUGUGCUGUCGGCAAGAGCACCAUGUUUCGCAAGUCGCACUUGGAUCAGAUCACCGAUCCUGCCCAGAACCCCAUCAUAUCCGCCGAGAAAAAGCUUCCCAAGGGCAUCGACCACUUCUCCGAAUACAUCUGCGAGGAUCAUCUCAUCGGAGACCUCCUGUGGAGGAGCAAACUACCCGGCUUCAGAAACCAUGGCCUCGUCGUCGGCGAUCUCGCUGUUCAACCAAUGGCCGGCAUGUCGGUACGCGCAUACUUCAACCGCCGAGCCCGAUGGCUACGCGCACGCAAGUAUACCGUGCUCGCAGCAACUCUCAUUGAGCCCGGUGUCGAGUCUCUUCUCUGCUGCGGCUAUUUCGCUUUCGCAGUCACAACCCUGCCCUGGUUCAACAAGACCUUUGAUAUCGCCCAGACCUGGAGCGCUUUCGGCCUAUACUGGUUCGGAUUUGUUUUCAUCUGGAUGAUUUGCGACUGGUUCACUUUCAACCGCCUCCACGCCGGUCACACCAUCGAAAUCGACGAAAACACUCCCAAGUUUGCCAGGGGUACCGCAAUUCCUGGCGGCAUGCCCCGCAGGUCAUUCCUGGAGUGGCUAGCUGCCUGGCUUGGCCGAGAGUUCCUCGCCCUCCCAAUCUGGACUUGGGCCGUGUUUUUCGGAUCAACCGUCACCUGGAGAGUGGGCUGGGUUUGUGCCCUUCCGAAAGAGCAGACCGCGGCCAUUGCCAUGCUUGAUCACCGACAUCCGGAUAUUCCCAACAUGAAGCCCGUGAACGACACAAACGCGUAUACUCUCGGGUCUAUUGGCAAGCACAACAUAGUGAUCGCUUGUUUGCCAAAAGGCCAGGUCGGCACGGUCUCGGCCGCGAAUGUUGCAUCAAGGAUGAUAUCCACAUUUCCCUCGAUCAAGUUUGGCCUAAUGGUAGGGAUAGGCGGAGGGAUCCCAUCCAAGGUCAGGUUAGGUGACGUUGUAGUGAGCACGCCAACGGGACAGCACCCUGGUGUGGUCCAGUGGGAUAUGGGCAAGGCAACGGAGGGCGGGAGGUUUCAAAGAACAGGGGCUCUCAACAACCCCCCGACUCUUCUACUCACGGCCUUGACCAGGGUAGAGACCGAACAAGAACUGACUGGCUCAAAGAUCCCAGAAUAUCUGGAUGAGCUUAAACAAAAGUGGCCUAAACUGGCGGCCAACUAUCUGCGGUCAGACCGGCUCCGCGACGUGGUGUUCAAAGCCGAAUCCGGCCACGUGGACUCUGACGGCCAAGCGAACUCUGAUGACGAAGAUGAGCUUGAAAAUUGUUGGCUUUGCGACAAGACCAAGGCGAAAGAACGGAAGACACGUGAAACACGAAUUCACUACGGCCUGAUUGCUUCUGGUAACCAGGUCGUCAAGGACGGCCUACUCCGCGAGAGGUUGAACAAGGACCUGGGCGGAAAUCUGCUAUGUGUGGAAAUGGAGGCUGCGGGACUCAUGACAAACUUUCCAUGUCUUGUAAUCAGAGGAAUUUGCGAUUACGCAGAUGCCCAUAAGAACAAAGACUGGCAAGAACACGCAGCCGCCGUAGCUGCGGCUUUCGUGAAGGAGUUCUUAGAUUAUGUCCCGCCCGAGGCAGUUGAAGAGGAGCCUUCGGUACUGGACACGCUUCGGGAUAGUAAGUAA